AUGUCGGAACUUGUCUACAACGCACGUUCUAUUGCUGGUGAAACCACUUUCAAGUCCAAUGACCAACCCCCAUCGACUGUCGACACGACAACGACAUCGACGACGACUACCACUACUAAAACAACCACAACGACUGACGCAUCGUCCAAAGAUGAUCAACAACAUUUCAACAUGGGAGACAAGGCAGUGGUUCAGCUCCUGAACAAGCUUGACGAGGGUGCCCAAACGAUUGCCAACUUGCGAUCCAUCCUUACGUUAAAGACAGCCGAACUUAACGAGCUUAUCGCCCAACUUGAGUUGACCAACCAAGCUAUUGUCAAUGUUGAAUCGACCACGACACAAAUCGAGCACAUGUUGAAAGAUUUGGGUCUCUCGGGUGAACGUGAUGAAUCGGUUCUUAUGCAUGCUGAAGCAAGUCUGGAUUCAGCCAUCAAGUCAGCUAGCCAUUUGUAUAAGCGACGUCCAUCCAUGGCAAGUAACGGUAGCAACGGUGGUAGUACUCCUUUGGUAAUGGAUCAAGAUCAGCAACAACGCCGUGAACAACGCAUGUCUGCUCGGUUCUCGACAAGGAUUCGCUACAAGCCAGAUACCAAGCCCAUCUUACGUCAGCUGAAUGAUUUGUUGAGGGAUCUCGAAUUGGAUUCUGCAAGAUUCUUUGAAGAGAUUGGAACAACAGAUGAUGUACAAAAGCUGCAAAAAGCCAAGGUGGAUCUUGAUAUUGCAAAGACGAUUGCUCUUUCCGCCAAGAGUAAUCUCAAGCGCCGUACGAUCCUACUUCGCAGUGCUAGAAGACGUAAUGCUCCUGAAGAGGUCAAGAUGCUUGGCAACAAAAUUCGAGAAAGUGUUGCUUUGUGGAAGACUUAUGCACGUGGAUCACCAUUGCUUGUUGAUGGAAAAGAUAUCCUGGAGAUUCUGGAUGCUGAGGAUGAUCUGAUUUCGAGAAAUCUUCCUGUUCAUCCUGCUCGUAUGUCCUUUGAUGGGUAUGCUUCCAACAAGGGAUCCCCAACACCAUCGACAUCCAGCACCUCUCGUACCAUGCGUAACAGUCUUUCGACACGAUCCACUGAUAGACCUACACACAGCCGUACUUCAUCUCUUCAUGCUGGCACGCCUACUACUACUACAACGGCUGAUUCAUCUAUCCCCAUUCCUACGACAACAAUGGAUCCUGCAGCUGUACCACCUGUACCACCUAUUCCAGCUGCUGUCAAAAAGACCUAUCGUCAUUCUGCAGCGGCUCGCGUCUCUGUACGCGCAAGCACAGGUGUGCCACGUGUGAGGACAUCAUCACUUACGGGUCACAAAACCAAAGAUGCCAAUAGUGGCACCUCCACCAAUCGACCUUCACCAACAACUCGAUCCAAAGAUUCGCCUACUGCAAGUAGUGCUACGAGUGGUGGUACCGGUAUCCCAUCAUUGGCAGGGUCACUUUCACCACCAUCCUCCUCCUCUUCACAAGCUACAGCUGAUAACAAAAAGACCGGUUCUACUAAACCGCCAAGUCAACGUGGUCCUGGUUCCACUUUACGUAUCCGAAGUAUGCUUGCAAAGAGGAAUAUGCAAUCGACAGCAUCAUCAUCAUCAGCAGCAGCAUCGCCACCGCAUUGA